CACACGCGCGCACACACACAUACACACAUACACACACAUACACUUAUACACACACACGCACACACACACCGGGAGGAGCCGUCUACCCUUCCGUCACCCGUGCCCGCCCCCCGGAGGACGGUGCGUCGUGUCGUUGGCAGCGUCAAUAUUAUUUAUGAUCCCCGUUAGGAGCCUCUCGGUGGGUUUUAGCGCCGCCGCCGCCGCCACUGAUGCGCGCGCUAAAAAAAAUCUCACAUCCGUUUAUUGUGUGUUGUUGUUUUGUGCGUUUAAUUUGUGUGUGUGUGUGUGUAUGUGUGUUUGCGCGCGUGAGUGUGAGUGUGUGUGUGUGAGUUUUCCCGCGGCCGGAGCGCACCGAUGCUCUGCGUUAAAGAGGCUUUGAUCGCGAGGCGUCGGGAGUCCGAAACACUUUCCCAGAUGGUUGUGAUGUUAGUGUGAGUGUGCAGGUGUGUGUGUGUGUGUUUGCGUGUGUGUAUGUGCUCCGUUUCCCAUGGCGAAUAUGAGCAGCAGUGUGUGUAUGGAGACGCCACACACUCACGGCCACGCCCACAGCUACACGCCCACCACAGGGCGUGACUUUUCCUUGCAGAUGGAUUCGUGCAUGAACCCGGUGCUGGACUACAGUGCUCAGAUGGAACGCUACCGCUCCUUUGCUAACUUUUACAAAAAUGGUGCCGCUCCAUUUCCUCAGGCAGCAAAAAUUGCACGCUUGGCCACGCCCAUUUUCCCAUCACCAAUGACACCCUGGUCAUGUGACAACGGUAUGCUCUGGGGCCGUAAGCCACCUGCAGUCAACGUCAACGUCAACGUGAAUGUCAACGGGGCUCACACACAUGCUCACGCACACCGAACCGCCAUGCCUCGGGCGGAGCCACUUAAUGUGCAUAUGCCCUCCAAGAUGUCUGCUGACAACUUCCUGUCUCCACUCAGUCAGGUGGGUGGAGCUGAGUGCAUGAACCGCCUCAAAGUGCCACCACAGAGCAGUGGGGGCAGCGGAGGAGGUGGAGCUGGGGAGGCUGAAAGGGGUGGGGCCACAUUUGGAGGGUUUGCUCUACCUCCUGGGGUUAUCGUUAUGACGACGCUGCACUCAGGGGCAGGUUCAUCGGUGGCGACAAUGACGGACAGCGCGUUUCAGAUCGCUGCUGACUGCCAGCACAGCAGCUCUGCGUCCUGCUCCGGUUCUAAUGCUAGCACUAACGCCACUGUCAGCGCUAACAACAGCUGCAGCGGCGGAGCAGCGAAGAGGAAGAGGAAGCGAUGUGGUGUCUGCGCCCCCUGCAGGCGGCUCAUCAACUGCGGCGUGUGCAGCUCUUGCCGGAACAGGAAGACGGGUCAUCAGAUCUGCAAGUUCAGGAAGUGUGAAGAGCUAAAGAAGAAACCAGGGAGCACAGUGGAGAGAGCCUCGUCCGUGGGAGCAGCAGACACGUUCCGCUGGUUCUUCUGAGAGAAGGAAAUCCCAGAACACAGACUGUACAUGCACACACACAUACACACACACACACACACUGGACAGCAGUGCAGACGCUGUGCUCCGUCUUUAACACUUUAACACUUCCAACUUUAACUGGACCUUCAGUUCUGUAUAGCAGACUAACUUUUCAGAGCUGUUGCAGUGAAUCUGCAGGACAGGAAGUGGAUCUGAGAGGAGCGCUGUGAUUGGCUGUCAUGGCAAUCAGAUCCACUGGAUUCAUCCUUACUAUUGAACAUUUUAAGACAGAUUUGAGAUAAAGAUCAGAAGUGUCUGAUUGGAGGAGGUGGGUGUAAGCCACGCCCCCAGAGAACGCUCCGGACUCUUAUCACGUCACACACUUCACUGUUGCAUGGGUAGAAAAACUAACUGUGUUUUGGUUUGACCUGAAGACUUUAAUGACUUUGUACAUUGCUGUUGUGAUGCCUUACUGUCUUGAUUAAUAAAAGACUGUUAGGAUAAACCA